UUGGAUUAGACCAAGUCCACGGCAGUCAGUAGUUCCCGUAUUCCAACUAGUUAGAUUUCGUCAUCGCACAGAACAGCAUGGGCCUGAAAUUUCAAAAGAUCCUGGUUUUGGGUGGGAUUAUCAUAGGAUUCCUGUCUGUCAUUGUGAUCCUGGCAGGCACAUUGCUGAAGAAUUCCGUACCCAAUGUUUUAACCCCAGAGGAGCGACAAUUUGCUUUUGACUAUGUGAUUGUCGGAGCCGGAACUGGAGGAAGCACUCUCACUUCGCUGCUGGCCAAGCACAGCAAUGGAAGUGUCCUGCUCGUCGAGGCUGGAGGUCAGUUUGGACUACUCAGUCGUAUUCCCCUGCUGACCACCUUCCAGCAGAAGGGCAUUAACGACUGGUCCUUCCUCUCCGUUCCCCAGAAACACUCCUAAGGUCUCAUCGAACGAAGGCAGUGCCUCCCGAGAGGCAAGGCUGGGGGUUCAGCCAAUCUUAACUAUAUGCUGCACUUUGAUGGUCACGGACCGGACUUUGAUUCCUGGCGGGAUCUGCACAAUCUUAGCGAUUGGGGCUGGGCCCAGAUGAGAUCCUUUAUGGCGGCUGCCAAGCCCAAGCCCCCGGAUAUGCUUGAAAUCCCCAUACGUUACUCCAAGUUAACUGAAUCACUGAACGAGGCACAGGCUCAGUUUUCCCACAAGGAUUGGAUCUUCCGGCGGUCUACGUAUAAUAUAAGGAAUGGACUGCGUUAUUCAGUGUUGCAGCAGUUCCUAAAUCCAAUGCUUCAUCAAUCCAAUCUCCGUCUGCUGCCCGAUGCUUUGGUGAAGCGGAUUCAACUAUCUUCCAGUCCAUUGCUCCAUGCCACCUCCAUUCUGGUGGGGAUUAAGGAUGAGGAGAACAGGGAGCAAGAAUUCAGUAUCGAAGUGAGAAGAGAGUUAAUCCUCUGCGCUGGUGCUUACCAAACUCCUCAGCUUCUGUUGGCUUCUGGAAUCGGAGACACAACCGUAUUGAACAAAAUGGGGAUUCCCCUUCAGCAUAGCUUACCUUUGGUGGGUCACAACCUGCACGAUCACUUCAAUGUUCCACUUUUCGUUUCAAUGGGUGUUACUGGUCCCACCCUAAACCAGAACACACUCCUGAAUCCCAUGACCUUGAUUAACUUCCUUAGCUCUGGAACCGGACCCUUGGGUAACUUUGGUGUGCUGGGAAAUGUGGCUAGUUAUGGAGGAUCAGGAGCCUCACCCUUCGACAUCACCUUCUUUGGAGCCGGUGCCAUCGAUGAAUCUUCUCUGAUGUCAAUAUCCAAUUUUAAGGGACCAGCAUUCCGGGCUCUCUUUCCACGCUAUUAUAACGCCUCCCAGGAGGGCUUCGUGGUUAUUUCUAACUGCCUGCAGCCAAGGUCACGAGGGUCCGUGGGACUUCUUAACCGACACAUGAGAAGAAAUCCCCUGAUAGAUCCCAACUACCUCAGUAGCGAAGAGGAUGUGGCCUGCACCAUUGCGGCCAUUCGAAGUGCAGUGGAGCUGGUCACUUCGGCUGCCUUUGCUUCACUGCAUCCCCGCAUCCAUUGGCCUCGUCUGCAGGCGUGCUCUAACUUCGGUCCCUUCGAGCGGGACUUCUUCGACAACAAACCUUCGGAUCAUUAUCUGGAGUGUCUGAUGCGGCACAUUGGCCUGGGAUCGCACCAUCCAGGAGGCACAUGUGCCCUGGGCAGCGUGGACUCACAAUUGAGAUUGCAGGGAGUGUCCAAUGUGCGGGUGGUGGAUGCCAGCGUCCUGCCCCGCCCCAUCUCGGGGAAUCCCAACUCGGUGGUCGCGUCCAUUGCGAUGAGAGCGGCCUCUUGGAUACUGAAGAGCGAACUGCAGGCCGGUGAUUUAAAAUGAAUCAAAUUCUCUGUGAGAUUGUUGCUAAUGAUUUCAAGUUGAGGGACAACCUCACUGAAAAAAUUAAGUUUUGUAAUGAGAUGUACCUAUUUGUAAACGUUUCUUUAAAUCGUU